AAAGCCUAUAAUAAGAGACCGGGUCAUAUAUUAUGAAGAGUUAUCAGCACCACACAGAACUCUUUCAUUCGGGAAAAUAGACCACAAUUAUCACAACGACGAUUCCAAAAUUUCAAACCAACCGCGCAUUUAAUACCGCCACCUAUCGAUAGUUUCCUGAACUGCCAGCAAUCAGAUGGUAUCAGAACUAAUAACAAAAUACCAAUAUUUUUGGUCUCUUGCAGUAUUUUUGACAGUGCUGGAAAGCGCGACAAUAUAUCAUCGCGACACACACAUGCAUACAAGCACAAAACAGAACAGAUGAAAAUCUGGAAAUUUUAUUUAAUUUGUUAAAAAAACCAAGUAGUUUGUGUGUUUUUGAAAUCAUUUUCAGAAACGAUAAACGUAGGACGAGCGGCCGAAUAGAAUCGGAAGUUCGGUGCGAAUAGUGAAAUCAUCGCCAAGUGGGUGAAAGGAGCCCCAUACGACGGACAAAGAAGAACACAAAACACAGGGCUCCCAUAAUUUCUCGAUUCCAUUCCCCAAGUUGUGAAAAACGCAAAUCAAAUCGCCUGAGAAGGAACAAUCGAAACUAGUCGGAGUGGGUCAAAGCGCCGUUUAUGACGCACGGGCUGCUGCAGCAACAAACACAACCACCUUAACAAGAGGAAUACCAGCGCAGUCGUCGAAGCACCACCAUGACAAUCAAGCCAGUUAGUGCACCACCGAGCGCCAAGCGUGUCCCAGCCAAUGUCGAUCCCGACAACAAGGAGGCCCAGGUGGUGGUUGUGGAGCAGUCGGUGGUCAGCCAGACGCACCGCAACGUCGUCAUCGAUGGUCACGGACAGAGCCCCCAGAGGCGUGGCGAAGUCUACGACGAACUGGCACGCACCCAUCGCUGCAGUCCCCACAAAAGCACCCGUUCGAAGCGUCGCGACCACCACGACAGCCAUGCUCACCACCACAAGCGCGAUCGUCUGGAGCGAGAGAAGCUGAACCAUACGGCCGGUGGCGUUGGCAGUGGCGCUAUACCGGGAGUGGCUGGCAGCAAGUGCAAUAGCCCGCCCCUGGCCUCCACAUCGGGCAGCAGCAGUCCGUCGGCAGUGGGACGCAAUUCGCCGGAGCAUCUGGCAGUUCCAAAGGCCCAGAGCCAGUUGUCGCCGGCGACAGCAGCUGCCAAUCUCUUGAAGUCCGUAGAGGAGACCUUCUCGGGCUAUAACAGUGGCGACGAGCACCUGCAGCCCAAGGAGCGCAAGAUCCCGGCCGAGGAGUGGCAGCGUCGCGAUGUCGAAUUCGCCAAGUGCAUGGAGAAGCGCGGCUACGAACUGAAGCCGGUCGAAGAAGAUGGUGCCUGUCUGUUUCGGUCCAUUUCGUUGCAGAUCUAUGGCGAUGAGGAGAUGCAUGAUGUGAUCCGUCAACACACCAUGGACUAUAUUCAUGAGAACCGCGAAUACUUUGGACAAUUUGUGACCGAGGACAUCAAUAGCUACAUCCAGCGCAAGCGUGCUCGCGAUGCCCAUGGCAACCACAUCGAAAUACAGGCCAUAUCCGAGAUUUACAGUCGCACUGUUGAAGUUUAUUGCUAUCAGUCAAAUCCAAUAAAUAUUUUCAACUCGGAGCAGUCACAGGCUGGUUAUCCACCCUUGCGCUUAUCCUAUCAGCGUGGCUCUCAUUACAAUGCUAUAUUGGAUCCAUACAAUGCCACCGUUGGUGUGGGCCUCGGCUUGGCUGGUUACAAGCCCGAGUUUCAGACCAAGGAGGCAGUGCGUCUCAGCGAGCAGUUGGAAAUCGAACAGACCAUGUUUGAAGACAAGCUGAAGACAACGGAUUGGGAGGCCACCAACGAAGCCAUCGAGGAGCAGAUUGCUCGCGAGUCCUACCUGCAAUGGUGCCGCGACAACAUGCAACGUUCGCGCAGCAAUAACACGGCCGCCGGCUCGGCCACGUCCUCGACCGUGACCUCAGCCGAAGCGCUCACCGACUCUGAUGCCUCGCCCUCGAAGUAUUCCACGUGUGGCGCCGUCACUGGCAGCAGUGGCAAUUCGGCUGCCACUUUGCCGAGUGCCAGUGGUGGGGAUGGCCCGACAGCCUCGUUUUCUUUGUCGCCGAAGACACUGAGCCAGUUCGCUCACAAACUUCCGCCGGAGGUCAAUGAUUUGCCUGGCUACGAAAGCGAUGCCACGGAUAUGAGUAGCACCAGCUCGGUGGGACACUGCGGUGGCAACUCCUCGCCUAGCCAGCGUUCGGCCAAGAGUUCCAAGUCCCAGCGUCGUACCACGGCCUUGAGAAAGAAGCGUCGUCACGAGAAUCGCGAGGUGCCCUUGUCCGGACAGAAUAGUGCCGAUUCUCUGGAAGCUCCACUUAGGAAGAGCCCCAAGCGUGAUUCUGUGCCCGCAGCAACCCGUGCCGAGACGCCGGAGGCCGAGCAGCGCCCCUGCACCUCGAAGCAGUCUUCCAACUCUCCUCAAAAGCAUGGGGACGCCCAGUCGACCAGCAAAGAAAACUACUCCAGCUUCUACCAAGAACUGCUUGAGGCCUCUUAUGCUAAUGAUGGCAUUAAUGAAAGCGAAAUGCUGCAGCAGGCUAUCCAGAUGUCCACUCGCGACUAUAUGGAGGAUCAGAAGCGGAAGUAUUAUUGCGGACCGUAAACUGGCGGUGAUCAGUCGCAGCUUUCUCUACAGUGUACAGUGAUUAGGAAGUUCUUUUCGCAACGAAAACGAAACACAAAACUUACCAAAAAACCCAAAACAAAAAGCUACAAAAAAACGAGAAACAAAAAGAAAAAAACACGGCAAAAAUUAAACAAGAUCUAGAAUGUUGAUGAGUGGGAGUGCCGAGUUAAAAAAGAAAAAAAACGACUUCCUCUUUAAUCCGAAUGCAAAUCAGUAUCCACUGCUUUGCAAAUACACAUUUACACUCUCACAUACUAUUCUAUACAUUUAUGUAUAUAUAUAAACAUAUAUUUUAUAAUUAGGCCUCGUCGUUGUAUCAUUAUGACCUGCAUCCGAAAAUCCAAAAACAACAGAGUUCAUUUAAUUGAAUUUUCUGAUCUGAUUUGUAUGCGAUCUGUAUGUGUGUGUGUGUGUAUAGAAGCACAAAUUUUUGAUAAAGCCGGUGUCCUAUUUUCCACCAUCAAUAAAAUAUAGAAAGACCCACUCACAAAAAGCCACGUUCCUUCUACCCCUUUAUAAUCCCCCCAUAAAAUUAAUUAUAUUUUUAAAUAAAUCAUAAUGUUAAGCUUAGUUAUGGUACGAUCGCAAUGGACAGUAAUUGAAACCGGCACGUACACAAAGAAUCGAUAUAAAAACUAACACCCAGACAUAUAUAUAUAUAUAUACGGAUAAUGCUAAUUAUUUAAUUAAAUACAAUAAAUGGUGCAUAAUAAUCGUAA